GGAGAAGUCAAGCUUAAAUAUAUACCUACAGACAAGAUAGUAGCUAACAGAUUAACUAAGCCACUAGGAAAAGACCGCUUUACAAAAUUCUAUAAAGCCCUAGGUCUAAGGAAACUUAUAGAUGUAGAAAUAGCUAGCAAGGAAGUUUAA